GUGCGCUGCGCUGCGGGGGGCGGCGGCUGUCACUUCUCCUCGCGCUUCCCGCUCAGGAAAGCCAUGGUAAAAGACAUGAAAUACCUUUAAUGGAAUUCUGAUCCUAAUCAAGCAGUUAAAAAUGGAUAUGAAUAUUAUUUUCUCCGGUGAGUUUUUGGUAAAUGGACAUUGACAUGGACUACGAAAGACCCAACGUUGAGACUAUCAAGUGUGUGGUGGUUGGAGAUAAUGCAGUGGGGAAGACUCGUCUGAUUUGUGCAAGAGCGUGCAAUACAACCUUGACUCAGUAUCAGCUGCUGGCAACUCAUGUACCAACAGUCUGGGCCAUUGAUCAGUACCGUGUCUGCCAAGAGGUCCUUGAACGCUCACGAGAUGUUGUGGAUGAAGUGAGUGUUUCUCUCAGGCUGUGGGAUACGUUUGGGGACCACCACAAAGACAGGCGCUUUGCUUAUGGAAGGUCUGAUGUAGUUGUUCUCUGCUUUUCAAUUGCUAAUCCUAAUUCCCUGAAUCAUGUGAAAACCAUGUGGUAUCAAGAAAUCAAGCACUUCUGUCCUCGUACACCUGUCAUUCUGGUGGGCUGCCAACUAGAUCUCCGCUAUGCAGAUCUUGAGGCUGUUAACAGAGCCAGACGGCCCUUGGCAAGGCCGAUAAAAAGAGGAGACAUUUUGCCACCUGAAAAAGGCAGAGAGGUUGCCAAGGAGCUUGGGAUACCGUAUUAUGAAACCAGUGUAUUUGACCAAUUUGGAAUUAAAGAUGUGUUUGACAAUGCAAUUAGAGCUGCCCUGAUCUCCAGAAGACAUCUGCAGUUCUGGAAAUCUCAUUUGAAGAAGGUCCAAAAACCUUUGCUUCAGGCUCCAUUCCUACCUCCAAAAGCCCCUCCUCCAGUUAUCAAAAUUCCUGAAUGUCCUGUACCGAGCGUGAACGAAGCUGGCUAUUUACUGGACAGCCCUCUGUGUGCAGAUGUGAUGUUUGUUCUCCAGGAGCAGGACUGCAUCUUUGCUCACAAAAUUUACCUAGCUACCUCCUCUUCAAAGUUUUAUGACCUUUUCUUAAUGGAAUGUGAGGAAAGUUCAGACUUGGAUGAAACACAGUGCAAUAAAGAAAAUACAAGUAAAGAUGUUCUGACAAGUCACCUUGAGACAAAUUAUGACAGUGAUGAGAUAUCCUUGAAAUCUGUUGAUGUUAAAAUUCCUGCACCAGAAAGUACUGAUUCUUUGAACAUGCUCAAACCCGAACUUGGUGAAACAAUUUCUGCAGCAAGAUCUCUGUCAUCCUGGGGUAAGGGGUUUGUUAGUGUGCAUAAGGAAAUGCAAGUGAAUCCUGUCUCAAAUAGGAUGUGUCCUGUAACUGUGGUAAAAAUGGAUUCCUCUGUGCAAGCUGGACCUUUUAAAACUGUUCUGCAGUUUUUAUACACAGGGCAACUGGAUGAAAAUGAAAAAGAUCUCACAAGACUGGCUCAAAUUGCUGAGAUCUUGGAAGUAUUUGAUUUGCGAAUGAUGGUGGAGAAUAUUAUGAAUAAAGAAGCCUUCAUGAAUCAAGAGAUUACUAAAGCAUUUCAUGUCAGAAAAGCUAAUCGGAUAAAAGAGUGCCUUUGCAAAGGGACGUUCUCUGAUGUGACAUUUAAAUUGGAUGAUGGAACCAUAAAUGCCCACAAGCCACUACUGAUCUGUAGCUGUGAAUGGAUGUCUGCAAUGUUUGGAGGAUCAUUUAUCGAAAGCUUGAACAGUGAGGUAGUUCUGCCCAACAUAAACAAGACUUCCAUGCAAGCUGUUUUAGAUUACUUGUACACCAAGCAAUUAUCCUCCACUCAAGAACUGGACAUACUUGAGUUAAUCGCAUUGGCAAAUAGGUUUUGCCUUCCUCACCUGGUUGCUCUAGCAGAGCAGCAUGCAGUACAAGAGCUGACCAAAGCCUCCAUGAGUGGCAUUGCAAUAGAUGGAGAUGUACUGUCCUGUUUAGAAUUGGCUCAGUUUCACAACGCUAACCAGCUGGCAGCUUGGUGCUUGCACUACAUCUGCACCAAUUACAACAGUGUUUGCUCCAAAUUCCGCAAGGAGAUCAAAGCUAAAUCUUCAGAUAAUCAAGAAUAUUUUGAGAGGCAUCGCUGGCCACCUGUGUGGUAUUUAAAAGAAGAAGAUCACUACCAACGAGUUAAGAAAGAAAGAGAAAAGGAAGAUUUUGCACUGAAUAAACACCAUUCAAGGCGGAAGUGGUGCUUCUGGAAUUCCUCUACUGUAGUUGCCUGAACAGAACACGUAACUGGAAAUUCAUAGGCAGUGUCAGAAGGAAGGCAGUGCAGUCACACCCCCGUGCUGUAGGUCAGGAAAGGCUUUGGACUGAAAGCCAUAUACACCUCUACCUAUUUAGGUUCCAGUUGGAAUAAUUCUGGGCAGAUGCUACUGCAGGGUGGUAGAAGCUGCCUAGCAGGGAAAGAGAUGCUGCUCUACAGAUUUUUACAAGGCAAGCAAGCAACAGAUUCCUAUCCCUAUAAAAGAUUCAUCACCAUACAGUGAUAAAGAAGGGCUAUAAAUGAUAGUUACAAACACUGUCUCCUUAAUUCUUGGUCAGUGAUGAUGGAAAUUACGGAGAAGAAAGAAUGAGAAAGGAUGUGUGAAGGCAAAGAUGAGAUAAGUAUCUGUUGUCAUAAAACAUUAGCCAUUUUGAGUAAGUAUUACUACUAGGUUUUACACAACCAAAGCUACUGUAUGAUUGUAAUCUUGCCAAACUAAUGGAUAUAUAAGUGAACCUGAGGUAUAUGCAAUAAAAUCCAGUUGUGCUAGUUAUCAGCUACUGUAACCAAGUGGCUGGUUCAUUUGGUUAAUGCUGUCUAUGGCCUUUAAUCUUGGUGGUUACUUUGUGUUUUUUAUUUUGCAAAAAAGUCAAUAAAAAUGUUUAGUUACAAAUUGUCUCUCAGCUUUUUUAAGAAGCUUUCUAAAUUCCUGAAAAGUCUGCCAUGCUUUUUGGAGCUACUUGUAAGCAUUCGGCUUCGGUAUCAUUCAGUGAGAUUUGCUGAGCUGGUAUUUGCAUGACAUAUUCAGAUUUAUGGUUGGGAAUGUGACAGAGUAGUUCUCUAGUGUUUGUAUGUGUUAGGGAUGCAGGAAGGUUGGUACUUGUCAUUUACUGUUCAACAGGAUAACAAAAAACCUCCUGCCACUUUUCCGUGUGGUUUCUGCUGUUUAAUUACCAUGAUAUUACCCAAGGGACAUGAAACUAAUUAGUCAAGACAGACAUGGGGAAAAAAAUUGCAGGUAAACAGCAGGAAAUCCAUAAGGUUUUCAGUAUGGUUUAAGUUUCCUGCUUUCUCACUACUGAGGUUGUCAGCCGUUGUACAGAAUCCUUAAUUAUCUGUUAGUGGCCUCUCAGCAACUGUGUCCCCAACUACAGAUAUUGAGAUUGAUACUAGUUAGAAAGAUGUUGCUUUUCUAUAUAUGGUGGUAAGACACAAUAAAAAGUACAGCAUUUAUGAUUUUUCUUAAAGCUUUUAGGCAAUACAAAAGACACUGAACAGUAAAUGCGUUCAGCACACAAUGUACAAUUUUUCUAAAGUGCUAAUUGAUAAGAUUGUUAAUAUCAGCAAUUUGAUACUUCUGGAAGCAAUUUUUAUCCUUCUGAAUUUACUGUUAGAAAAGGUAAUGAUCUCAACACAAAAAGCAGUGACAAAAAAUAUGAAAAUGCUUCUGAUUAAACCAGGAGCAUGGAAGGAUCAAAUCAGAAUUGUUGCUUUUCAGGUAACACACACAUAUAUAAAUAUAUUUUAAAAGUAUAGGUGAAAAUACACACACACACA